CGGUCAAGAAAAGUGUUUCUCACGUUCCACUCGCUGAUUUCUUGCAAAUUCCCGCUUGUACUAAAUACUUCUUCCAUCCUGACAAGGACUAAAGACUCACAGAGACUGACGAAAGCCACACAACAAACCUCCAUCAUGGAAAAUAGUUAUGUGCCCACCCAAGACCAUGACUACCAGCGAAGGAGAGUCUCAGCACGCCGGGCAGAGAGCGCACAGAAGCCUGGCGCCUACAGCAAGUGUCCAUGCUGCAGAGACGACCAGAUGCCGAAUUUACACCUAAAGCGCCAGCACUCUGCUACUACUGCCGACCUUCCCCAGAAGAGGAAGCGGACUGCUGUGGCCCGUCGUUUCAAACCUUCCGCUGAACAUCCAGGGUUGCUGAAUUUGGUCCCCACUCCUCAGCCCUCCACCCCGCCUUCUGACAUUCCAGCGUUGUUGAAUUUAGUCCCAACACCUCAGUCCACUAUCCCACCCGCUGACCUUCCAGUCGUCUCAAAUGUGGCCCCCAGCCUCGAGCCCUCCGCUGCUCCACCGCAACACGACGGCAGCCCUCUGAGAAUCCACAACCGUUCAGUGGAAGAGUACCAGCGAAUCUACCAUGAAGUGGUAGAUGAUAUGCUGAGGUUCAAAAAUGGCCGGACUCGUCCGUACAGUUUAGAGCUCGGGCGUCGUAUUAAGCAGAAGCUGUGGGAGAGACUGGAUCGUCCCAUGAUCACGGAAUCAGUCAAUGAAGAUGGACUUGUUCAUGUCGAAGUAUCGUACGGAGCUGGUGUCUAUCCUCCCCUUUAUGAUGUUGAUAUAUCGGGAGAACCAGAGCCAGCAAAGAAAAGAGCUAAGACAAACAACUAGAACAAAAGCAUCAGAAAUGAUGCAACCUGUAAAUAAUACUGUAGUUUUAAGUCAUUUUAAUAAGUUCCACAGUUCUAAGUAUCUUCAGUAAAUCAGUUCAGUAAGUAUAAUCAGUAAAUCCAGCCGCA